UUAGUCUUUCUGACUUGUCUCACAUGGCAUGACUCACCUGCAAUCAACCAAACUCAGAAACUCAGAAACCAAAACAAAACCCACUCUUCUCUUCUCUUUUCUCCCCCUUCCAUGGAACCCUUCAACUUCCUCAAAUACUGGAAAGGCGCUGCCAAUGCCACCCCAAACGACCCUUUCUUCGACUUGGAGUUGGCCUUGACCGACGAAGACGAUUCCCAAGACGACACUAACGGAACUCAAAACGACGACGACGACGCCCAAGACCAAGAUCAUAACAACCAAUCAGAACCAGACUCCGACUCCGACUCAGACUCAGAGAAAGAGUUCAACUUCACGCUUUCUCCUUCCGCUUCCUCCGACCACCCUACCAUUUCCCUCUCUCCCUCUCACCAUCUCGUCUUCAACGGAAACAUUCUUCUCAACUCUCAACCCAACUCCAAGCCUCACUUCACUGCCUCCUUCUUCAAAUCCGCCACCAAGCUCCGCGUCUUCAUGUUGGGCCUCAAGAAGCCCAAGCCCAACGCCCACAACAAACAGCCCAACACCCACCCCAAGAAAAAGCUUUUCACCGUCAACUUCAAGGUGGAAGAGGUUCCCAUCGUCUCCUUCUUCACCAGAGAUAACAGCUCCAGAGCCAAACCCUCCAACACUCAUAACGCAGACCAAACGGAACCGUCACACGCACAGAUUGAAGACAAGCGCUCAAUGCCAAAGUAUUUGAAAAUGGUCAAGCCUCUCUACGUCAGGGUUUCUAAAAGGUACGCCGAAAAGCUUAGGUUUUCCGACCAGGUCGAAGGCACUUCGCCGGAGUCUGCGCCCCCGUGCUCUACCGUGCAGGAGAAAUCCCCGACGGAGGCUGAGGGUUCUCAGACGGAGGGAGCCGCCCCCGCCAACGUGAAGGGGCAGAAACAGGGGAAUGUUCCUCUGCCUGCUGGCCUACGCAAGCAUCUAGGCAAAGGUCGUGCGACAACACCGCCGCCGCCGCAGUUUGAGUCUUCGAAACGGCGUGAUGAUUCGCUGUUGCAGCAGCAUGAUUGGAUUCAGGGUGCUAUUUUGCAUUGUAAGAGGUCCUUCAACGCUGCUUCUGGUANUGACUUUAUUUAAAUGUUUAUGUUU